CGGGGCUGCCCCGGGCCGCGCUGCCCGCAAGUACGCAGCGAUGGCCUCCUUCAACGAGGACCCCGCCGACCGGGCCGCCGAAUUAGAAAGGAUGCUCGUCGGCCACGUCUGCACGCUGGAAACAGCCUUCGGCUUUUAUACCCUAGGAGACUGCCGCUACGCGAUUGGUGAUUAUAAAGGAGCGCACGAGGCCUGGAAGACGCUGCACGAAGCUAAUAUCACGAAUGCGCUGACGGACCAGGCGCUGUUUCAAGAUGGAAGAGCGCUGGACGCGAGCGGCGAUUUACUGGCUGCGAUCCACGCGUACAAUAGUUUUGCAGCUAGACAGCCCGAGGAGGCCCUGGUCCAUUUCAAUCUGGGCGAGAUUUAUGGAAGACUGGGGCAGUUCUCGGACGCGGCGAAAGCUUACCAUUUAGCUGCCGAUUUGGACAAGAGCGCCGACCUGCAAGUCCGGAGAGACGCUCUAUUUAACCUGGGCGGCGACCAGACGAAGCAGGGCCUUUAUCUGGAUGCGGUGGCGACGCUGACGACGCUUGUGGGUCUAGACGACGGCGCGGGCUUCCACGUCCUACGCCUGGCCGAGGCGCUGAAGGGUGCCGGAAAACGGGACGACGCCCUGCGGGAGGCGCAGCGGGCGGUAGCUCUCCUGACGAAGGCUACAAUCGACGGCUUCGACGCGGACUGGGAGAACGAGCGCCAGACCGCGCUCCGCGAGGCGUCGGCGCUCGUCGGCGCGCUCGAGGCGGUCGCGGCGGCGGAGGCGUCGCUCGCCGACGCGGUUGUGGGGGUGGCGACGGCGCUGCCCGGGGCGAGUAAUGCGGGGUAG